AUGCCUAUCACAAACCCCCUCCACCGCUACAAAUGGAAAGUUGGGGAGGAUCCAGAGGGGCCUUUUUCAGAGGAAGAGAAGGAAAAGCGGGAACCGGUCGAACGCGAUGAAAACGGUGAAAUAAUCAUACCUCGGCGCAGGGUCCUUGAUUUGUAUGAGGUUCUCGGUCUCGAUGACCAGGCGACUCAAGACCAGAUCAGGGCUGCUUAUAAGAAGAAGGCGCUGAAGCAUCAUCCUGACAAGGCACCCCCGAGCAAGAAAGAAGAAGCAAACAGUAAAUUCCAAAAAAUCGCCUUCGCGUACGCCGUCCUUUCUGAUGAACGUCGCCGCGCGAGAUUCGAUAAGACCGGUAGUACGGAGGACGCCUUGGACGAAGAUGAGGAUUUCGACUGGACGGAGUUCUACCGGGAGCAAUUCGCCACCGCCGUUGAUGUCGAUGCGAUCGACAAGCUCAAGAAGGAAUAUCAGGGGUCUGAGGAAGAGGUCAAGGAUAUACUGCAGGCCUAUGAAGUCCACCGGGGCGAUCUGGAUAAAAUCUACGACUCUGUGAUGCUGUGUAAUGUCAUUGAUGAUGAUGAGCGAUUCCGCGCCAUCAUUGACUUGGCUAUUGCGGAGGGAAGGGCCGGGAAGUACAAGAAAUACACGGAGGAGCCGGUCAAGAAGCGUCAGGCCAGAUUGAAGCGGGCACAGAAGGAAGCGAAGGAGGCGGAACAAGUGAGCAAGGAGAUGGAGGAGAACAAGUCUAAGACGGGUAGAAAGAACAAGGGAGGGAGGAAGAAGGAGGAUGGCCCCGAGGACGUGGGUGACUUGGCUGCAAUGAUUAAACAGCGGAACCUUGGCCGUCUUGACAACCUCAUCAAUCGGUUGGAGGAGAAGUAUAACAAGGAUAGUGAGCUUAAUGAGCUGGGGCCGGGGCCGAGCAAGACCAAGAAGACGAGGAAGAAGCGGAAGUCGAGUCCUCCUGAAUCGGCAUUCGAAGAAAUGGCUGCGCGUGGGGAGAAGAAGAGGCAGAAGAGGACCAAGGGGUGA